AGGAACGUGUCCGUCCCACUAGACCUCUCAGCAAGGUGUCUGAACCACCACCGCUGUCGAGGCAAGCCUCCCCGAAUACAUCCUCUCCCUAGGCCUCGAUAAACUUCUCCCACCGUUAGUAGCCCCAUUGCUCAACCAUGGCGACGAGUGCGAAGCGAAAGCAAGAGGAGACGCAUCUCAAGAUGCUUCGGGAAAUGACUAGCCAACCCCCGAAUAGGAAGUGCUUUGAUUGCGACCAGCGCGGCCCGACUUAUGCCAACAUGACAGUGGGUUCCUUCGUCUGUACCACCUGUUCUGGCAUCUUACGAGGGCUGAAUCCCCCCCACAGAGUGAAGUCCAUCUCUAUGACCACCUUCACGCAACAGGAAAUCGAAUUCCUACAGAAACACACCAACGAGGUUUGUAAACACAUCUGGUUGGGGCUGUACAAUGACCGGACAUUGGUUGUUCCAGACUUCCACGAACCACAGAAAGUAAAAGAAUUCCUCCAGGAAAAGUACGAGAAAAAAAGAUGGUACGUCUCUCCAGACCAGGCUAGAACGGUAGCCACAGCCCAGGCUUCCAAGUCGGGCACCUCAGCCAGCAGCACAGGCAGCACCCCGGAGGUCCAGCCCCUGAGAACCCUGCAGCUUAACAAGACCCCCCCAACGCGUCAGUCGCCGGUGGUGGUUCGCUCCCAGGCCUAUCCUAUAGUUCAGGAGAAGAAGUUUGACCUCCUAUCUGACCUGGGUGGAGACAUCUUUGCCACUCCGCCCUCUCAGGCUGCCAGCAACUCCAACUUUGCCAACUUUGCACAUUUCCCGAGCCAGUCAGCGACUCAGGUUAGCUCAAACGCUGACUUUGCCAACUUUGAGGCGUUUGGCAACUCUGGAGUACCUUCACAUUUCAGCACCUCACCCCCCUCACAGUCCUUUGCAUCAGGGCGAGGUGUCCCAGUGCCGUCGGUGGCCGGUGCUGUUCCGGCUCCGUCCCAGCUGGGCACUUCAGCAGAGGACCGCUACGCUGCUCUUGCUGAGCUGGACAACGAGCUGAGCUCUUCGGCCCCCACAGGGAGCAGUGUCCAGGGGAAUAUGUUUGGAGCUGUGUUGGGAACCUCGCCUGCCCAGACUCAGUCAGUAUUACCCAGCAUGCAUGUGCAGCAAGGCUUUGGAGCCAUCCCGUCCAAUAAUCCAUUUGUUGCCGCCGCCCCGGAUAUGGCCACCAACCCCUUCCAGACUAAUGGUAUAGCACCGGCCGCAGCCUCGUUUGGCACAGGCUCUAUGAGUAUGCCUGCUGGCUUUGGGAACCCCUCCUCUUACUGCCUCCCGACCAGUUUCAGUGGGACAUUCCAGCAGCCCUUCCCUGGCCAGGCCCCUUGCCCUUACACCCAGCCGGGGGCCUACCACCCCCAGCAACCCAAUGGCCCUGUUGGAUACCCAGUCUACGGGCAGACCAAGCCCUCCAUGACCCCCUUUGGGCAGCCCAUGGCUGGGCCGGGGAUGACCAAUAACCCAUUCAUGGCGGGAGCCCCGGCUGGAUCCUACCCCGCUGGAGGCUCUUCCACCAACCCCUUCCUGUAGCGCGCCUAUCUCCUCGUCAACACCACCAGAGGGCAGCAUGUAGCACCUAUUCAAUGCACCGGCUCCGUCACACCCUGUGAUGUGAACGUACAGUUCUGAAACUCUGAAUUCAAGUUUUUAUUAAAAGCUUAGUUUAUGACACUAUAAAGGACUAUGGGAUUUGGGACUGCCAUGGAAUGAUGCCCUUGGACUAAAUACAUUCUCUAUACAUUUAUUUUUUUUGUUCAUUUGACAGCUCUUUAUUGUGCAUAUCGGCAUUUGUAAUCACAUUAAAAUACAAGGUAUAAUAAGGACUUGACAUGGUUGGGCAACAUUAUGGAUGUGCCACUAUGUUUUUACCCGUGUGUUUAUAGGAUAACAAUCAGGGUUGUAUACAAGUCUAAGAGAGAACUGAGGUGACGUGAAGAGUUUUUGCCUCGAAUGAUGUGAAUUAUCAGGCUGGCAGAGGAGAUAUGCACCUAAUUCUAUUUGAGGGGCUACUGAUGGUCAAAUUCAGUAUAAUUUAAUUCCGUGUAAAAUAAACUAUGUAAUGUGUAACGGUUUGAAUGGGCAUGACGCCUCUGCCUGUAGGUAUGGCAUCCGGGAAAGGGACUUUUAUUUGGUCCAUAAUUAAUACCACUAUUACUGCACGUGGCCCUGUUCUUAUUAGGCUCAAAACACCAUAGUGCUAUCCCAAGGCGUUGCAACAGCAUUUUGCCUAGCGGUUUACAAAACCGUUGAAUAACCUUGAAUACAACCCAGGUCUUUUAGCCUUACUCUUUUUUUUAUUUGUUACUAGGAUAAGUCCAAGUGUAACAACAGCCCAAACACACUAACGUUAGCUAGUUUUGAGUCCGUUUGGAAAGGAACAAAUGCCUGGUAAAAAAAAACAUGAGACCCCAGACUCCAGCACUAGCCGUUUUGACGACAGGCAGGUGUCUACUGCAGCACAAAAAGAGAGGGAAGGAGAGGAGGAAAUAGAGAGGAAAGGUUCUUGUGCUCUCAGCGAGCCCUCGCCAUGUAACCUGACACGCAUGUGUGUAUAAAACACCUGAGAAGUUUGUUUUUAUUUGGAGAGAUGGUUACUUGUGGCACCCAAUCACUUUUAAUGAAUUUAAUCGUUACUUGCCAUUACAGGAAUAUGUAAGUCAAUGUGUACAUAUAUAAAUAUAUGUAUAAAUAUUAAAGAUUUUUAACUACAA